AUGGCACGGGCAACCACAGCAGCUGUAUCAUCAACACAUGCCACCAGCUACCGGUGGUGCUACGUGGAGCAGGUAGACCAGGCCGCACCCCUCGCAGGCAGGAGCAACGGGUGGCGGGUUCGUAUCUCCCUCCCUUCCUCACCACGGCCGGGAGACAUGUGGUUCAACUCGCACCCCCUUAGAGGAGAUCCCAACCUGUACAAUUUUCACACUUGGGCGGGGACGGUGCUGCAGAGAGGUAUGGUCCACCCGCGUGACGCCGAGGCUUGGCGCACAGCGUUUGUAGAUGUAGAGGGUGGUGGCCUUCGACAACUGGUCGUGUCAGCGGCCGACGAUACCUGGCUAGUAAUCCUCUGCUGGGCGUCAGCUGGCAGGAGGAUCGACGUCGACACCCAGGGCAUCCCGAUCUCACUUGUGAACCUCCAGGUCCGAUCUGGUGUCGACUCACAGAGCCCCUUAUUCAGACAGCUCAACAUAGCGACCUUCGGGCACAGAGUUGUGAGAUAUGCCCCCAUAACCGCGUUCGUUGUGAGAUAUGCCCCCAUCACCGCAUUCGGCAAAAAAUGGCAGAAACAGCUUCCCGGAGCCUGUCUCGCUGUCCUCGUCGCCGACGUUUGGCGCGAUAGUCAAGUCUACCUGCUAAAAAAACCGAAGGAGAGGAGAAGGUUUGGAUUCCGCGAUGUAGAUCCCACGGGUGCGUUCAUGAUCUCAUCUCGUGGUGGUCGACCAAAAAAGGGCGCGCCUGUGAAAAACAAGAACGACCGUUCAACGCUCUUGACGGUGGGAACUACUUCCGCAACCUCUAUUCGAUUCUACUGGAGCGCGACACNAGCACGGGAGAGGAGAAGGUUUGGAUUCCGCGAUGUAGAUCCCGCGGGGCGCGCCUGUGAAAAACAAGAACGACCGUUCAACGCUCUUGACGGUGGGAACUACUUCCGCAACCUCUAUUCGAUUCUACUGGAGCGCGACACCGGGGAAGUAGAGUUCGACAAAUGGGUUUCGGGGGAUACAGAACCACCCGCCUUGACAUUACUCCAUCUCGAAAAGUGGCUCCAUAUGACCAAGGCCAGCGUGGUGGUGUGGUCACAUCGGGGCACUGGUGCCAAUAUUCUUGGACCAUCCAACGGGAAAACGAACCUCCGACCGCCCACAGUACACGUUGGGGUGCGUGAGGGACACGUGUACCGGCUUGUGCUCGAGGGGCCUUGGAGAGACAGGUUUGGAUCGUCUCUAGACGUGGCAAUCGAGCACAGCGCACGAACUUACCGUAAGUUCCGUCGAAUUCCUGAUAUGACCGAGGAGGAAGAGGAACCAGAUACGACUGGUUUUGGCACCAAGACCUUCUCGUGUGUCGCUGACAUUGUGAGAACGGCCCUCGGCGAGCUCAUGCUCCACCUCCACCUCGCUGGGGUCUCUUGCAAGGGAAAACUCACAAACUACAGUUACUGGGAUUCACUGUCCUUACCAGCGCACGGCGUAAUCAUCCGAACCUGGUGCAGCGCGAGCAUGGGUGGGCUCGAUUCCGAUGACUUCGAGCCCGACCAGGCAACACGAUUGAUCGAGCUGCAUAAUGCCCUGGGUCUUAAGUUCUACCGCGGUGUAUUGGAUUUUCGAGUGUCGAGUCAGUACAGCCAGUCUCUUCCCGCCCUCCUUGAGGUAUGCUGGCGGGGGCCGAUCGUCGGAGCAGAGGACGCGUCCGGGAGUUCCUACGGGAGGGAAGACUGGCAAUGCGACAUCAAUGGGGCACACACGGCGGCUCUGAUGGACAUGGAGACAGUGCCCGUUUUCGGCCACAUGGAUAAGGUGGAGGAGUUCGAUGGCCAAGACAUCGAGGAUUGGACCCUGGUCAUCAUAUAUCUGGACGCGCUCGAAGAAUCCGACGUAAUCCUUAACGCGGACGUGACGCCCGUCUUCGGUCGAAAGUACAAGCGUUACCUCGACCUCAUCGACACCGCGCCUCGCCAUAGAGUCACCGACUUCGUGCGAACAUCCAGAACGGAUGCCGACUGUGCACGCCAAUUCAAAAAAGGAAUAUUCGUGCGGGUCAGCGGUAUGUUGCAGCAGCGAUGCGCGGAGAGGAUUGAUGCCGUCAUGGUUACGAGCAGUAACGAGGCUUUUCCGCCGGUCGUUUUCCCCUCUCUCUGCUUCGGUAGACUAUACUCUAUCUACUAA